GUAACCCCAAGGCGUAGAUGAGUUGGUAAGGCGCUCUUCUAGCUUAAGUGAGGUCGCGGGUUCGAACCGUACUCAUGUAUGCAGCCGUUUAAAACUUGGGGCCAGAGCUUUGCCUCCCGCAAGGGACCUACCCGGCUCGAGUGGGGAUUAGUCUGAAUGUGGAAGGCUUAAAGGUGCCGUUUCAUAGUUGGAACCCGUUCAGGACACCUCAUGAUCAGAUCAAAAAAUCCAAGUGGUGUAGUGGAAAGUGAGUUGUGUGAAUUUUAAAGGAGAAUUAGGAAGCUAUCUUGUUUUUGAAGGAGGAUGAUUAGGAAGGUAAGGAAUGGUAUGCAUCUUUGCAACUACCACAAAAGAAAUUAUUUUCUAUUCUAUUCGUUGAGUCAACUCCAAGACUCUUCUCAUCUCUUUUUCUUGGCUACCUCUUCACUUUUUCUCUUGUUGUUGGUAAUAGUUUAGCUCCAAUAGCGUUCCGUUAGAUAGGAACAGAUUUGAUAAAUACUCGGAUAGAGUGUUCGAACGGAAAAAUCCAUAUGGAAAAACAUGGACAUGGUUUCUUGAUUUUCUUGUUUGUUAUUCAAUUGUCCCUUGGCCUGCUCUCCUUCGCUUGUUGUAUGAUUGCUGAGUUCAAGAAAGUCAAGAGGGGAGAUGUCAAGUUGGAUAAUAAAUUUUGUUAUUUGCCAGAAAGUAGGGCUUUUGGCUAUGGAAUUGCUGCUUUGAUAUGCUUGAUAGCUGCUCAAAUCAUAGGUAAUUUGGGAAUUUGCUGCAAAAAGAAUUCAUUUACUUCAGAAUUUGCAACACCAUUUCUGGUUUUAUCAUGGAUGAGCUUUGGGGUUGCAGUGAUUCUAUUAAGCACAGCAACUAGCAUGGGGAGACGGCAGGAAUAUGGAAAAGGAUGGUUAAAGCAGGAAUGCUAUGUAGUCAAAGAUGGAGUCUAUUUCGGAUCAGCAUUCUUAGUCCUGCUUUCUGUAGCGUCCGCAAUUGCCUCGGCUUUUUCCAAUAUCAGAAAAACACAAGCGACAAGAGUACACGCACACGCACAAUCACAAGCACAAGAAGUUGCAUAGCAAACAAAGUGUUGUAGCAAAUACAACCUUUGUUGUGGAUAUAUAUUCAAAGAAACAACUACACUAGCAACAUACACUGCUAAAAAAACAUAUAUUUUGCCCAACACAUCAAUUUACAGCCAAAAAAAGAGUUCCGAUUGUAAAUUAAACGCGGAUAAAUAAGUGACUGCUACAUGUUCUCAUUUUUCUUACCACAUGUAAACAAAUCGAAUUGACAGUUCCAGUAAUAAAAAAAAGAGCCAAAUUGAUAUCAA